AUGGCUACUAGCUACAAGUUGACUAUUGACAAUGGGACACUGUUUAAAGAUGCUAUGCACUAUCAGAGUGUUGUUGGUGCACUACAGUACGUUGUUAUCACCCAUCUAGACAUUGCCUUUACAGUGAAUAGGGUGUGCCAGUGUAUGCAAUUUUCAUGUGAUGUCCACCUUCAGUCAGUGAAGCGCAUACUAAAGUACUUACAUGCCACUGUCGACUUUGGUCUUCGAUUUGCAGCAUCGUCUCGCUUGUCCUUGACAGGGUUUGCUGAUACAAACUGGGGGUUCGAUGCAGAUGACAGACGUUCGACCUCGGGCUAUUGCAUCUAUUUUGCUGGAAACUUAGUUUCCUGGGGCUCACACAAGCAGCACGUGGUUCCUCGCUCCACUGCAGAGGCUGAGUAUAGGAGUGUUGCAUGUGCUGCUGCUGAGAUUGCGUGGCUUGAGUCACUCUUAAGUGAACUACGUGUGACCGUUCAUGGCAAGUUUGUUUUAUGGUGUGACAAUUCUAGUGCUGUUGCAGUAUGUGCAAAUCCAAUACUCCAUUUAAAGUUUAAGCAUGUUGAGCUUGAUUUGUUCUUUGUUAGGGAGAUUGUGGCUGCUGGAAAACUCUCUGUUCGGGAGGUUCAUGCUUUUGAGCAAGUGGCUGAUGUUUUAACUAAGUCAUUGUCUGCUCAUAUGUUUCUCAAACAUAGACAACGACUAUUUGUGUCUCAAAUUCUAGAUAAAUUUGUGGACUCGCAGGUUGAAGAGUGA